AUGUCCUUGCUGCUGUCGCGUCUAUUUAUAUCUCUUGUUUUGGUAAACCAUGCUAUGGGUGACGUUAUGAAGAUGGUAGAUUCACAAUGGAUGGAACGUUUUGUGCCUCGGGAGUACAAAAAAUUGAACGCAGACAAAGGCGAUGAAGCUGACGUCUCCAAAGACAACAACUAUGGCUUCAGUGAACAAGGCAUGAAGGACUUGGAUGAGGUUGGCAAUCUCGUAGGAGGUGGAGAUUCUGAACUGCUUGGGAUUUUGCGACCUUACUAUUCGGUAGUCGAUAUGUCAGCAAAUGGAAACAAACAGGGAAUGGGCUCCUAUCUCCACGUUUUACCUGACUCAUCCGAAGGGGACGAGCCCGUCUACACACUCGGCGCCUCAUUUUACGGUGGACUGGAGCCAGCUGGUGCCAAACUUGGCUAUCUAACAAGACCUUUUGGUUAA